AUGAACUCUUUUCAUUAUUUGCACUUCACUCGUUACUGUCAUCCAACCCGUUCGGAAUCUUCUCAUCUUAUCAGCGUUUUCCCUGUCUUUUUAGGCACUCAAGUACAAUGUCGACAAACGGCGGACCAUCUCUCACAACAGCAGCAGCUCCAGCACCGACGCCUCAAGUUGAAAGACCCACCCGCCAUGUACGCACUGAGGGAUGAAUCUGACGAGUUUGUCACGAACGACAACCUGAGGAAGAAGAUUAAAGCCAAAGUCAACCUCAAGCUGGUUAGCGCACCUGCUAUUGAGGCAGCGGAAAUAGUAGAGAAACUCAGCGUGAGGGACAACAAACUUGGUCUCGCGUUGACGUCGUUACGGAAAUAUAUUCGGGAAGAACAAUUUGCCAACGAGUUUCUUCAGCGCGACGGACUGUAUGAACUCAUCGAGGUGAUCAGCACUGCACACGGUAACACUCUCGCGUAUGCUCUCACAGCCAUGCAGAAUUUGAUGGAGCUCGACCACGGCUGGGACACUCUUGAUAAUACCUUCAUACUAAAGAUAGUACAGAUCCUCUCGUCCAAACAGUCCCUGAUCAAUGUCUGCCGACCUGCCACCGCGAUCUUGAAAAAGCUUGUAGAGGCGUCUCCCGUGAGCGCACCGGCUCUUGCAGCAAGCUCUAGCAAGGCACCCCCUGCACCGCCUCCGGGAUCCGUCUACAGAUACGGAUUUGAAGUCGUCUUCGAACAGAUGCGCAAGGAGACGCAGAUGUUAGCGACCGUCGUAGAUCGACUCGGGAGUGCCGAUACGACCAUGGCGCUGUACAGCAUGAUGCUGAUUAAUUCGCUCAUGGCCCAUGCCACUGAAAAUCAAUGGGAGGAGUUCAUCGCAGAGAUUGAGAGGCUGAACGUACGGAAGGCAGUCAUUCGCCUGAUGUCAUCUCAUACGAUUGAAGACCUGACCUCUUGCAUCUUGGAUUUCCAAGCAAACAUGAUUCGGGUGGCAUUUCGCAGGAAGAUGACUGCUGUGGAGCCCGAAUUCGAGCCCUCACAUAGCGCUGCGCUGAACUACAUCUGGUCGAACAGCAAAUUACCGGAAGAAACCGACGCACAGGGCACGUUGAAGUGGAGAAAGCUUGGCUUUGAUACCGAAGACAUUACACAGGAGUUCCGCGAAGUUGGGGUGCUCGGAUUGGAUUCUCUGCGGAACUUCGUCUCCACGGAUCCUGAUUACUGGGCUAAGGUAGUCCAGGAACAGAUUAGUCGCUCAAAGGAGCGGCGAUGUCCCAUUGCGAAGGCGUCAAAUGAGGUUGCCGAUCUGCUGUCGGAGCAUUGGGCGAUAUAUGCCCCUGGAUACUCCACGUCCACGACGUUCCAGCCAUUCUUUCUGAACCUCUACAAAGUACAUGCACUUGCGACACAUUUCUUCCUGCGGAUGUGGAACGAGAGCGGUGCUUCAAGAGGCGACUUUCCUCGUCUUGUUGCACUAACACGGAGCCAGGUAAAAGUAGCAUUGCGGCGGGAGAAUAUAAGGCUCUGGCACGAAGUAGAACAGGAUUUCCUUGAGUGCGAAUACCGUGCCGUUAGGGACCGCCAGAUGCAAGAGCUCGAGAUGGAAGAUGAUAUCAUGAGCAAGGUGCCCGUACGGAACAUGCGCGCCAAAUUGUACAAGGAGUCCUUUGAGUUUGUGCGUCAGCAACGUAUACAUUGCUUGCUAGAGGGCGCAUGGUUCAUGAACGCUACACCAAUCACGACCACUAUUACGCGGGACACCAUGCGGCGGCCUACCCGGCCGUGGCGGUUCAUGAGACUGGACAAUGGAACAAAGUAUCUUCAUUACGUUGAUAGCGCGGUGAAGUUUCCUGUGCGGAAAGGUCUGGAGGACCUUCCCGAGCGGAUCGAUGUGUCGCUCAUCAACGAGGUUGCGACGGGGACCUGUGUGCCAUUCCCGAACACUAUCCUCGACACCAUUGAUCUGUCUAACGGUUCCUUAUCGCCGCUGGCGGCGUCCCCUCUUUCAUUUUCGUUGCUUACUGCUGGUGGUUCGUCGCUAGCGGACCAAAUAGCCCCCGACCAGUCCAGAUGGGCGGACUGGACGGACGGUUUGAACAUGCUCAGGCGAGUCGGCGGCCACGUUGCCUCGACAGAAACAGAAGUGUUCGUCCAGGCGUUGACGGAGAUCGGCCUCAAGAUUAAACUUCUAGAUCUGUCGGGCGAGAGAGUAGAGAUUCCAAGCGGUCUUCUAGCGGGCCCACCGCCGUCGAAUAGCGACUUCUUCUUCUCGGACUUGUCGUAUGCUUAUGAUACCCAAACGUAG